CGGCGCCUUUUAACUGCGGGACCCGCGCGCUCUGGGCGUCCAGCGCUGCGGGCGAGCCGGGCAGCAUGUCAGCGACCCGCGCCUCCAACGACCGGCCCCCCGGCGCGGGCGGCGUCAAGCGGGGGCGGCUGCAGCAGGAGGCGGCAGCGACCGGCUCCCGGGUGACCGUGGUGCUGGGCGCGCAGUGGGGGGACGAGGGCAAAGGCAAAGUGGUGGACCUGCUGGCCACGGACGCCGACAUCAUCAGCCGCUGCCAGGGGGGCAACAACGCUGGCCACACCGUGGUGGUGGACGGCAAGGAGUUCGACUUCCACCUGCUGCCCAGCGGCAUCAUCAACCCCAAGGCCGUGUCCUUCAUCGGAAAUGGCGUGGUCGUCCACUUGCCAGGCUUGUUUGAAGAAGCUGAAAAGAACGAGAAGAAAGGCCUCAAGGACUGGGAGAAGAGGCUUGUCAUCUCGGACCGGGCCCACCUCGUGUUCGACUUCCACCAGGCGGUGGACGGCCUUCAGGAGGUGCAGCGGCAGGCCCAGGAGGGCAAGAACAUCGGCACCACCCGGAAGGGGAUCGGACCGGCCUACUCCUCCAAGGCCGCCCGCACCGGCCUGCGCAUCUGCGACCUGCUGUCCGACUUCGACGAGUUCUCCUCCAGGUUCAAGAACCUGGCCCGCCAGCACCAGUCCAUGUUCCCCACUUUGGAAAUCGACACUGAAGGCCAGCUUCGCAAACUGAAGGGCUUCGCGGAGCGGAUCCGGCCCAUGGUCCGAGACGGUGUCUACUUCAUGUACGAGGCGCUGCAUGGCCCCCCCAAGAAGAUCCUGGUGGAAGGCGCCAACGCAGCCCUGCUGGACAUCGACUUCGGGACCUACCCUUUCGUGACGUCGUCCAACUGCACGGUGGGCGGCGUGUGCACCGGGCUGGGCAUCCCCCCGCAGAACGUGGGCGACGUGUACGGCGUGGUGAAGGCCUACACCACACGCGUGGGCAUCGGGGCCUUCCCCACCGAGCAGAUCAACGAAAUCGGUGACCUGCUGCAGAACCGCGGCCACGAGUGGGGGGUGACGACCGGCAGGAAGAGGCGCUGUGGCUGGCUGGACCUGGUGAUCCUCAGAUACGCCCACAUGCUCAACGGGUUCACCGCGCUGGCCCUGACGAAGCUGGACAUCCUGGACGCCCUGGACGAGAUCAAGGUCGGCGUCUCCUACAAGCUGAACGGGAAAAGGAUCCCCUAUUUCCCAGCUAACCAGGAGAUCCUGCAGAAGGUCGAGGUGGAGUACGAGACGCUGCCCGGGUGGAAGUCGGACACCACGGGUGCCAGGAAGUGGGAGGACCUGCCCCCGCAGGCCCAGAACUACGUCCGGUUUGUGGAGAACCACGUGGGCGUGGCAGUGAAGUGGGUCGGUGUCGGCAAGUCACGGGAUUCGAUCAUCCAGCUGUUCUAGACGGAGACCGGGCGCCCCUGGGAGGCACGGCCCCGCCCCGGCCGCGAGGGAGAAGCAGGGGGGUGGCUCCGGACUCCCGCGUUUCUCCCGAAGCUCCGCCCCCCGAGUCUGGGGCGCGCCGGCCCUCCGAGAUCCAGCGCCGCGCAGGCCCUCUCGCCCCCCGCCGUGUGGGGCGAGCCAGGCGCGCAGAGCGGGGACCGCGGUGGCCGUUCGCGUCGCGUGUUGUGUGUCUGGCUGGAGCAGUUUAGCAAUAAACGUCCCAGGGCCGCUGAACGGCAGGGUCACGCGUGUGCUGUUCUGA